AUGCAUCGCGCGUCCUUAGACUUGACCGAUCCUUCUCGGAAUCUUGAGGAAUCCGUUGGCACACCGAAUCCCACCUCGCCAGACCCCGACCCAGACCUCGAGAUGACUUUGAAUUCGGAGGAAGAGGACGGUAGAAUAUACACCCCGCCCCCUCACAUUGCCGCCCGAUUCUACCGACCGAGCCAGAAUCGUCGAAAAGACUCGGCCGCCUCGUCGCGACGCAACUCCAUCUCAUCGGUCCCAUCGCGCUCCUCGCACGGCUUCAACCACCAUGGCGGCCCGCAGAGCAAGUACAUUGCCCAGCAGUUGCGCCGUGCCUCUAUACUCGAAGACCGCAAAGCGCGACUCGCCGACAGAGCCGCGCAUGCUGAGAAGGUCCGAUUAAGGGCCGCCAAUGCGAGGGCUGCCCAUCAGAAGAAUUCGAACUCCGAAGAGCGUGCCUUGGCAGCCGCCCAAGCACGCGAGAAGAACCUUGCCGAAAUCGUGGCCGCCUGCGCCGAAGAGGUCAAACGCGCGAAGGCAGUGGCCGAGAACAUGAAGGAGAAGAGAGAACAGGAGUUGCGCAAACUGAAACUGCAGAUGGAAGAGCGUCUCGCCGAGGCUGAAAAGAGAAGGGAAGAACUACGGAGUCGUCAAGCCACGAGACGGUCAAGGGGUCAGAGUAUGAUGACUAGGAAAUCUGGCGACGAAUGCGCCGGCUCCGAGGAAGAAGACCAAGAGAUAGCGAGCGUGAGCGAUGACACGCCCAUGAGUGACGAUGUCGCCGUGUCUAAGAUCCAAUGGUGGUGGAGAGGCAUGUUGAGGAGAAAGGCCGUCCGUGACUUCUGGGAGCUAGGCCUCAAUAUCGACGGGGUUAGGGAGACUUCUUUCGAGAAAGUGGUCGAGCUUCUGGCCCAGGAGAAGGUGCUCAUGGUGACGGCACAGGUCCUCCGCAUCUGUGGCCUGAGUGAAGGGGACGCAGGAUCCGUCGACGAAAUGGUGGCCGUACGCACCUUUCUGAGUGCCUUCCUCAUUCUCGGACACCCGACUCAGGUGCUCAGCAAUAAAGACCACAAAGGAGAACAGGAGCAGGUUGGAUCUUCUCAAGGGCUACCCAUACCUCGUGAUGAUCUGGCUAAUCCGCAGUUACAGGAUCUUGUCGCCAAGGCACGAGACUUGCUAAUAUCCUUCGAGACCAUCCUCUCGCGGCUGACUCUGACCAACCACUACACGCCGCCGCCGGCCCUGCAAGGAGCUCUGCCCGAGGCUUACGCCACUUUCCACAAUGCCUUCAUCGCAUGGAAGACUCGUGACUCCAACGCGUUGGUCGCAGUCAUGAUAUUGCAAUUCGUGGAACUAGACGCAAUACUCCAGACAGUCAAGGACCGAACCGAAGAGGUUGUAACCGAAUCUUAUCGACAGAGUAUUAAGGACAAUCAGUUGAUGCUUAUGGUACGGAUCAAGCGACUUGCGGGCGCCCAACAGGGAAAGAAGAUGAUAUUCGACGCCGUGAAACAGGCGAGGCAGGCCAGAGCAGCAAAGAAGCCGGCUGGGGACACGAAGCCGAGAGUUGCAGAACACUCUUUGGGCAGUGGCGGUCCCUCAUUGGCCGACGAUGCCACCGCAGACCAUGUUGUGUCGUCUCAACUUCAAACGCUUACGCCUCCGCCGACUCCGCCAAGCAAGAAAGAAUUAAAGCAAAGUAUUCUACAGUCGAGCUACCCUCCGAUACUGCCCGAUAAUCGAGUCAUUGUGCACGAGUUGGCAAUCAAUCGCGAAUACCGUAUCGAGUAUCAACAUUUUCAAGAACAGCACAAGUUGCGGAUGGAGCCGCUCUUCAAGGAUCUGAGAUCAGGUCCAAGGAACGAGGAAAAGGAAUUCCAAUACCUCGUUGUCAUGGCCAAUUAUAUACGAGACAGGCUACAGCACCUCGUAAAGCCCAGCCCUUCCAUGCACACGUUCAUCGGCGAAAUUCUCGACACAGAAGUGGCUCAGCGGCAAUUCUUGGCAGGCAGCUUUUCAUAUGAGAAGUUUUUCUCGUCGAUGGGAUCCCUCCUACCAAAGCUCUGCGCGCCAGUCCGAGAUGAAGAAGUCAAGGACUUGGUCGAGAAUAAGCUUAGCCAAGGUCAUGUUGUUGAUCGUUUGGAAGCACUCAUCUCUUUCAUUGAUGUCAUGCUUUACGACUACGCCAAUUACAUGCUGCAAGUGGCGGCGCCUAACCUGGCUGAGCAUGCAGCUCCGUACGAGGCGAAGAGAUUCGCUGAAGGACUGGACAACGGCACAAUCACACUGACUCGGGCGGAGGCUUCGUGGCGUAAUGCCCGUAAUAAGGUGCACGCCGACGCGGCUCGUCGUGACCCUGAGGGCAUCAAUCAUCCGCGAUCACGACCAAGUCCCGACAAGAUAUACUGGCAGAUGUUGUUGGACGAGUUUACACAACCUUCACCGCCAGCAGAUACUAUACCGGAGCCCCUGUCUCUUGAUGCAAAGCGCCGUAGUCGCCUAGGUAGACAAACCCUGCGCAUCGUCACCGCAGGGGCAAUCCUGCUACAGUGCAAAAACAUGCUCAAGCGCGACGUGCGAGCUCCGUGGAAGACGGAGGCAGGGCGCAUAUUUUCUGUUCUGGAAUCGAUGGAUGACAGUACGAAGCCUCUCAACCAGUCCACAGCCGUUCAUGGCAUUAUGGCAGCCCUCGAAGCCGGGCGCUCGAUGCCGGCAGCAACCAAAACGCAUCUGCAGGCUCUAGUAACCAAGGUCCUUUCAGCCGGUGCAGACGCUAAGAGCGACAACACAGGAACUAGAGAGCCAGUAGUGAGACUGCUCCUCACACGUGUAAGAGGGCAUAUGCUGGCCAGAUUGCAAGCCGGCUCGGCCAGUGAGAAGGUCAAGGCCACAAGCGCUGCUAGUGAAAGGCUUGCAGGCCUUGGACUACCCGAGUUCGUAGAAAAAAUACGGGAAAUGGUUGACGAGAUUGUCAGGGUCGGCGCUGUUGAUCGGGAUGCUCAUGGUGUAUGGUGGGAGAGCGUCGCUGAGAAGGUGGAGAAGGAGGAAGCUGCUGUGAGGACAUCAGCAUAA